GUGACCAUCUGGCAACGCUGCGCCGCCGCCGCAAUUUCAAGCAAAGAACCCUAAGUUACGUAUUCGCACCGGAUUUCGGAGGCUAUCCGCCGGCAAGGGAUUCGGAAACACCAAAUAUGUUGAAAGGGCUGCGGCAUGUGCGGCAAGUGCUGCAGCGUGGCCGCCACCAGUUGGCUCAGAUCCGCGGCGCAUCUGAGAUUUGUCCGCCUCCAGGAACCAGUAGGGGGGAACUCUCGUUUCUGCCGCUCAGCCGGCGACAGGUGCUUCAGUUACAAGCAGAGUACAAGGCAAUCGUGGGCGUGAUAGCCAGAUCCCUGCAGCUAACGCCCCGCGAGGUGCGGCUGAUGCAUCUGCGCUGCAUGAGCUCCAACUCGGGCAAAUCGUCGAAAGACGGAGCCAAAGAAUCUUCAGACAAAGCAAAGUCUGGAGAGGAGGGGCUCGACAAGCAGCCGGAAAAGGCAUCGUCAGAUAGUAGCAAAAAAAGUAGCAAAGAUGCAGGGGAACAGCCCCCCAGCACAGCAAGCUCCAGUUCCGACCCCACCAGCAGCAGUGGCAGUGAUCCUGCCGAAGAUCCCAAUAAGAACAAUAACGAGAAUGAAGAAAAGAUGCGGUCUGUACUGACGAAAGCCGUUCUGUGGCUCUUCACCAUCUACAUGUUCGUGGCCUUCUUCUCCUUGCUCAUCACCCCGCGCUCUGAGCGACCCGAGGGCUCCACGCGCUAUGUGUCUUGGAACGAAUUCGUCCACCACAUGCUAGCAGUGGGCGAAGUAAAGGAACUGAUCAUUCGGCCAGACAUGGAAAUGGUCACAAUCAUUCUGCACGAGGGGGCUGUGAUUAAGGGCAGAAAGGUGUCCUCGAACAUCUUCCAUAUGGCGGUGGCCGAUGCCAACAAGUUCGAGGAGAAGCUGCGUGAGGUUGAAAAGCGGCUGGGCAUUAAGGAUGGCGUUCCAGUGACCUACGACCGCCAGACGGACACAACUGGCCGCAUUCUCAUGCUGCUCCUCAUCUGCGCAUUGCUCAUGUCCAUAGCCACCCGCAUGAAGAGCAUCAAAAGCCCGCUCAGCAUGGACUCCUUUAAUCAAAUGGGCCGUGCCAAGUUCACGCUGGUGGAUCCCUUUGACGGAGGACGGGGUGUUCUCUUCCGUGACGUUGCUGGCCUGAGCGAAGCCAAGCAAGAGGUGAAGGAGUUUGUGGACUAUCUGAAGUCGCCGGAAAAGUACCAGCGUCUGGGGGCCAAAGUUCCACGCGGUGCCCUGCUGCUUGGACCGCCUGGCUGCGGAAAGACGCUGCUGGCCAAGGCGGUGGCCACCGAGGCCCAAGUGCCGUUCUUGAGUAUGAACGGCUCUGAGUUUAUUGAGAUGAUUGGAGGUCUGGGGGCGGCCCGAGUGCGAGAUCUCUUCAAGGAGGGAAAGAAAAGGGCGCCCUGCAUCAUCUACAUUGACGAAAUCGACGCGAUUGGACGCCAGCGCUCAGGAACAGAGAGCAUGGGCCAGGGCAGCUCCGGCGAAUCAGAGCAGACGUUAAAUCAGCUGCUGGUCGAGAUGGACGGUAUGGCCACCAAGGAGGGUGUCCUCAUGCUGGCCAGCACGAAUCGUGCUGAUAUUUUGGACAAGGCUCUUUUGCGUCCUGGUCGCUUCGACCGACACAUCCUCAUCGACCUGCCCACCCUGCAGGAGCGCAAGGAGAUCUUCGAGAAGCAUCUGUCUUCGGUUAAGCUGGAGCAACCGCCGGAAACCUUUUCCCAGCGAUUGGCCCGCCUUACCCCGGGAUUCUCUGGAGCAGAUAUUGCUAACGUUUGCAAUGAGGCAGCUCUCCACGCCGCCCGCAACACCCAAAAGGAAGUAAGCAGCAAGAACCUUGAGUAUGCCGUUGAGCGGCUGGUUGGCGGCACUGAGAAGCGUUCGCAUGCACUCUCCUUGGCAGAACGCAAGGUGAUUGCGUACCACGAGUCCGGACACGCGCUCGUUGGCUGGAUGCUGCCCAACUCCGAUAUCCUGCUGAAGGUGACCAUUGUCCCGCGCACUAGUCUGGCUCUGGGCUUCGCCCAGUACACGCCCAGCGAACAGCAUUUGUACAGCAAGGAGGAGCUCUUCGACAAGAUGUGCAUGGCCCUGGGUGGCCGGGCGGCGGAGAAUCUGAUCUUUAACCGCAUCACCACAGGGGCUCAGAAUGAUCUGGAGAAGGUUACCAAGAUAGCGUAUGCGCAGAUCAAGAAGUUUGGCAUGAAUCCGAGCCUGGGUCCCAUCUAUGUGCGGGAUGCUGACGAGACAGAGGGUGGGGGUUCGCUGGGAGCCGGUGGCGGCAAGAAGCCCUUCUCGAGGGCCAUGGAGAGCAUGAUAGAUAACGAGGCGCGCAAUGUGGUGGCCACCGCCUACCAGGCAACGGAGUUGAUUCUCACCGAAAAUCGCGAUAAGCUGGAAAAGCUGGCCGAGGCUCUGCUGGAGAAGGAAACCCUGGACUAUGACGAGGUCGUGGAACUGAUCGGACCGCCGCCUCACGAUAUCGGUAAGCGGCAAGUGGACUCUGUGGAGUUUGAGCAAUCACUGAAGAACCUGGGCAGUGCAGACACGGACAACCCGAAAGCCUAAGUCCCAGUGGCCACGGAUUACGGAUUACGGAUUGGUCGUACACACACAUUCACCAUUUGAGAGUCGAGAAUCGAGAGUUAUUCAUCGUCGUCGUCGUCGUCGUCGUCGCCACCACGUGUUCCCAGUUGAGUCGCUCACCUGCGUGCCCCAUGGUGCCCCUGGUUCAUGUUCGUUGAAUGUAAAUAAAGUUGUUUACCUUUUUAAAUGA